UGCUUGGAUCCAUGGAGAACGUGCGCCAAGCAUAGUAUCGUAUCAAGUACCACUGUGGAGGUGUUCCUCGCGAUCAGAUCCGCGAAUCUUUUUCAAGGAAUUUUCUAGAAUUCGACAAUUAAUUGUGAAUAAAAAUGAGGACUCUCUGGACCAUCGUUCUUCUUUGUCUUGUCGUCACGAUCGUUGAGGUAUAUGCCAAGCCCAUGAUUUACAAGAAGAACGAGGACAAUGUCUUCGAGCCAGUAAUGAUACCCGUAUCAUCUACGGUAAUUCCACUACCUGUGUACAAGGUAGGGUAUGGCUUAGGUUUCAUAUCAAAAGAUAAGAAGACUCAAUUAUCGUUCAAACCGGAAGAUAAUAUAAAGUUGAUAACUAUCAAAAAAACUCAGGAGAAAAAGACAUAAAUAUAGUACUAAAUUGCAUUUUAUGUCAAAUGUAAGCAGAAACGAAUGUUGCAUUCGAAAUCAGUUAAAUAUUUUAUUAGCUACAUAAAACCACAUAGGAGAUUUUCAUGUGGUAAGACUCGUACUAUUUUUAUCCAAUUCAUGAUUUAUAAACUUAUUCAGCAACAAAGCAAGUAUUUUAUUUUCAUUAUAUUGUAUCUAAUACAGUUAAGAGGAAAACUUCACACCAAAAAUAUAAUAUACCUCCUUUAUU